AUGAGUGAGAAUGGGAGUCGCCUCUCAGCUGGCCUGUUCUUCAAGGCCUUCAUCUUGACGGCCUCCAGAGCAGCUAACUGGGUCGCGGUCUACCUCCAGUUGAAAAGUGCAUGGGAUAAUGAUGCGGAAGAUGGACAGCGCUUGGAGAUCGUGUUUCUCCUGUCCGCUACCGGCAUCCUCGUCUCGACCCUGUGUUGUUACCUCUCCCUGCGAACAGAGAAAACGCGUCGCUCAAGGUGCCCUGCCUUCGUCGUGGCGCUUGUCCAGGUCGGUGCACUGCUAGAGUUGUCGCCGAUCCCACUGUGCCCCAGCUGGCGCAAGAAGCCAGCCCGGGUUCCCAUAGCCCUGGAGAUGGCGCAGCGCGCCGACGUGAGCAGCUUCAUUUCCAGCUUCGAGAUGCCAACAUCGUCCCUAGCGUCCGAACCGCCGGACGCUACAGCACUGCCCCCGGGCGAAGACUCGCCUGAGGACCUGGACAAGCUCCGUGCUCGCGUAUUGCGGAAGUUCUGCGUUGCGCAGGUUCCGGAAUCCUUCUUCAGCGUGGUGCUCACGCUGGACAUUCUGAUCGCCCACGCGUUCAAGUUGCCGAGUCGACUUUACUCACCCGUCGAAGCCGAAGCCCGCGUCUUUGUCCUGGUCACCGGGGGCCUCGCCACAUUUACCCUGGCGCUCGGAUUUGCGGACAUCAUCAUCUCCAUGUGGAUCAAGACCGACUUUGUGCAGGACCAUGCGAACCUCGUGUUGUUGUUCUACUUGGUCGAAAUCUGCAGUUGGUGGCCAUUCCUAGCCCAGAUGGUCAGAUUCGACCACAUUGCGACAAUGGUCCGAUACUUAUGCAGCGAAGUGGUGGUCAUGAUCCUCCUGGUUGUGGUGGGCUUCUACGCGAUUCCUGGCAGUGCCAAGUUGCGGGGCUCGGUGGUGAGCAUCAUCCUCCACUUCAUCGGCCAGGUCGCCCUGGCUGCCACGCUCAGUCCUUUUUUGGCUGGAGCCAACUUCUUGUUCUUUGACAGCUCCCUCACCUUCCGUGUGUUGAAUCGAUUGUAUUAUCCUGUUCGAUACGUCCACGUCGCGAUGUACUUAGACCGGCUGCGCGUCGAGGGCAGGGUGAAGAUCCAAGACAUCGUGCUGCAUCCGCUGAAUUGCUUCGCCCUUGUCAAUCUGCUGGUUCAGAUCAUUCUGGUGUACAUUGUGGUGCCCCAGGUCCGACGCUGGAGCCAGAAGCAGAAGGCAGAGGAGUUCCAGCAGAAGACUGGCGGCUUGAGCCUGUCGGAGGUCACCCUCGCAGCACGUUCGACGAUGGCCGAGGAGAAGCCAGGUCCCAGCAACAAGGUUCGUGCUCAAUCCGGCCUCAGGGCCAGUAUUUUCCACGAUCUGCCGGACGACCGCGGCGAGGACAACUUCAUCGAGGUGCUGAAUGCCGUGGGGGAUACCUUCGAGGCUCUGCUGCUAGCAAGUCAGGCUGACAGCCCGCGGGUCCGCUGUGCAGUUCUCCGGGUGGCUAUCCAGCCACUGUCCGAGGCCGGGCCAUCCAAGCUGCUGCAGCUGCUGCCGCUCAUCCUGCCCCAGUUGCUGCUGGCGUUGCGUUGGAAGACGGUGGAUGACUUUGAGGACUGCCCGCUGAGCUGCUUCAUCUUGGAGAAGGCACUCGCCCUCAGCGACCCUGCGUUGGUCUCCAUGGUCUACUGGCAGCUCCUUGGCCUGGCGACCGACAAGUCGGACAAAGCAUCCCCAAUGUACCGAGAAGUACGGGUGCGACUGCUGCACGCGUUGAUGCAAAGCGACUUCAACGGAAGGCAGUACGAUGCUGUUUUUUGCGAGAAGGCGCUCGCCACGAUUGCAGACCAGCGAAGACUCUGCUACCAGAUGCGAGCUCUUUGCAGGACAGUGCAAGCAGCCGCUGGCGGCAAUGUGGGCAGAAACUCUGCUCUUCGUCAGCAGCUGGCCCUCUUACACCAGAGGAAGGUGCGCCGAGAAGCGGACCAGGCUGCCACGCAGGAGGGCGGCCAGGGCCUGCGCAACUGGCGCCCCUCCGCCAGCCUGGAGAUCCCUGAUUCGCCGUCGGACAUCCCGAACGAGCCCGAGGGUCGCCGGGACAGCAGGAGCAGUCAGCGCGGGGUGGAGGACGACGAGAGCCUUGACCGAAGCCGCACGCGCUCGGAGUCCCUCGAGGAAGACCGACCCAGGAAGACGCGGGUCUUGUUUGCACCGGAUGUGAGCGAGCACGACGACACUCCAGUCUCGUCUCCCUCCUCGUUUCCUAGAGAACGGCCAGCUUCAAACGUGAGCAUCUGCAGGAUGCCCUCGCAAGAAGCUCGGUUGGAGUCCGAGGAGCCCAACCCCGCAUACAGGUGCCCGUGUUUCGCGUGCUGCUUCCGACAGAGCAAGAAGCCGCGAGAAGACAUCAUCCGAGAGGAGUGGAGAUGCGAUCCGAGCCUGCAGCAGUUUGGUAACCAGGACCUCACCCUCUUGGACGUCGGCGGUGUCCAGCUGCCUGUGGAUCCGACGCAGUCCCUGGGAGCUUUGCAGAACAGGAGGUGUUUCGUGGCGAACUCGGCCGUAGCCCCCGUGGUGCUGGCGUACGAGGCGAUCGAGGCUGAUGAAGGCGAGCACUCAAGCACCAGCCAUCGGCUGUAUGCAAUGAAGAAGGGCGACGACCUACGGCAGGACGCACUGGUGUUGCAGAUCUUCCGCCUCAUGGAGACGGCAUGGGCAGAGCAUGGCCUCAGAGAGGUGUCGCUCAUGCCCUACAAUGUGUUGGCGCUCUCUCCCAAGGAGGGAUUCGCGGCCUUCGUGCCCAAAGCAAAGAACAUCUCUCGCAUCCUUGAGGAGUUCGAUGGCGACAUCACCGAGUUCAUCAAGAAGCAUUGUAGCGGUUCCACCUCUUCGGCCUACGAUCGGCUGUGCGGCAGCACGGCCGGGUACUGCGUGGCCACGUACCUGCUGGGAGUCGGGGAUCGGCAUCUGGACAACAUCAUGAUGACGGAGGAGGGUCACUUCUUCCACAUCGACUUCGGCUUCGUCCUGGGCGACGAUCCCAAACCCGGAGCGCCCUCGGUGAGAGUGCCCCGCGAGGUCCUCGAAGUCCUUCGGAUAUCUGGCAGAUACGACCGCUUUCGCGAGCUUCUCAGGGAGGCAUUCACGCUCAUUCGACGCACCGCACGCUUGUGGACGGCGCUGCUGUCACUGGCAUCGAGUGCUGGAGGGAAUGGCGUGACGGUGUUGAGAGAUGACGCGGAGCGGGCAAUCCACACUGUCAGAGAGCGGCUGCACCUCGAACUCGACGAUGCAUCGGCAGCAGCUGAGAUCACAGCAGAGGUGGAGCACAACGCUGCUGCCAUGCUUCCGGUCAUCUACGACAAGCUGCAUCAGGCAGGCUUGUUCUGGCACUGA